AUGUUAGGUGUAUUUGAUAAUUCCACUUUAGCGGAGUUGGUUCGUGCCGACACAUACUCUGAAACGUUGGUAAACAUUGCUCGUAACCAACCUCAACUAAAUGUUAUGGAACAAUAUUGGGCUGCUUGGUACACUUGGAUGAAUAACGAUAUUCUAGCCACAGGCCUGAUGUUUUUCCUAUUGCACGAGUUCGUCUAUUUCUCAAGAUCAUUACCAUGGUUCAUCAUAGACCACAUCCCUUACUUCAGAAGAUGGAAAUUACAGCCAACUAAAAUUCCAAGCACAAAAGAACAGUUGAUCUGUUUGAAAUCCGUCCUAUUGUCACAUUUCUUAGUUGAGGCCAUCCCAAUCUGGACUUUCCAUCCAAUGUGUCAGAAAUUAGGUAUCACCAUCGAAGUCCCAUUUCCUCACUACAAGACAAUGUUGAAAGAAAUCUGCCUCUUCUUCGUUCUAGAAGAUAUGUGGCAUUACUGGGGGCACAGACUAUUCCAUUAUGGUGUCUUAUACAAAUAUAUUCAUAAGCAACAUCAUAAAUACGCCGCUCCAUUCGGUCUUUCUGCAGAAUACGCACACCCUGUCGAAACCAUGACUUUGGGUUUCGGUACCGUCGGUAUGCCUAUUCUUUACGUCAUGUACACUGGAAAACUACAUCUUUUCACCUUAUGUAUUUGGGUCGUCUUCAGAUUAUUCCAAGCUGUCGAUUCUCAUUCAGGUUACGACUUUCCAUGGUCUUUACACAAUUUCUUACCAUUCUGGGCAGGCGCAGAACAUCAUGAUCUACAUCAUCAUUACUUUAUUGGUAACUACGCUUCUUCUUUCAGAUGGUGGGAUUACUGUUUAGACACCGAAGCUGGUCCAGAAGCUCAAGUUGCAAGAGAAGAAAGAAUGAAAGCUAAAGCUGCCAAGAAUGCCAAGAAGAAGAAUUAG